AUGCCUGAUCGACGUCAAGACCUUCAUCAGAGUUUGUUACAGCCUACCACUACCACUACGCAGGCGCGUGAUGACGUGAAGCCCAUCGUUUUCUUGUGGCGGAGUUUCCUCUGUGCGUCCUUCAACGUCAAGCUCGGCUUCUUGGUCACGUUCCUGAUCAAAUUCAGUCAGUCUAUUUGGACGGGUAUACCAAUGCUAGGGUAUUUAUAUACCAUUACGGGUGGCUCCAACACUAUGGUUGGAGUAUUCUCGUCAGUGCAAGGCCUCACGUGCCUGGCGUGCGCUCCUAUAGCAGGGGUCGUUGCUGACAACAUCUCCAAACCAGACCUCAUGCGUGCCUUGGGCUUCCUGGGUAUAUUCAACAUCGGCAUGAACUUUGCCCUUUUCCUCACGGAUCAAUUAUGGAUAGCUUAUCCGUCUUAUAUCCUUUGGGGCACUUUUACUGCCUUCUCUGAGACGACCCUGAGUACGCUCAUUGCGGACGGGAUGUCAACAGGGAACCGGGCGCCGCUCGAAUCGUUGAGGUGGACUCUGGCUCAGGUGGCCACAGCUAGUGGUCCUAUACUCAAUGCUAUAAUACUCUCCCUAGCUGGCAACACAUGGACGCUGCCGUGCUUGAAAAAGGUGCUCCUUUUCGGCUCGUCUUGUGCAAUUUUUGGUAUGGUGGCUGACAUGUUCUUCCAAAAGGACGACACUAAGGCAAGCGGGGUCGUGGCCACGAAAGCAGUAUGUGAGGACGCUCCUAAUGAGCUGGUCGAGCUAUGGUUUAAGAAUGACUAUGGGGUUGACCCGAGGACUCUGGCCUUCCUCAACGUCGUGACCACUCUGACGGUAGCGUUUAUGACGUACACUGUAACGAACGAGCUGGCUACGAGGUUCGGCACGGUUAAAGUUGUUGUCUCUAUUAGGUUGAUCGCAGUAUUAUUACUGUGGGCUAUGGUCAUAGUAAGACCGAUAGAAAUUUUACUGGUCUUGUAUGUGAUAAGGAUGGCCUUUAUGAAUUGCUCAAGACCAGUCUUCCGAGCGAUGCUCAUGGACCAUACACCUCAGAAGCAUCGAGGAAAGGUCAACGCUGUUGACAUGGUGCGUAUGUUCUCUUGGUCGGGUUCUGCAGCAAUAGGAGGUCUUCUUGUUGACCAUUGGGGCUACAGGUUUAACUUUGUUGUUACUGGCCUUGUCCAUUGCUGCGGUUUGUUGUGCGUCUUCUCUCUCAACUUCUUCCAUCAUACGUACCACGGGAAGCUCUCGAAGGAAUCCGAAACCCGCGUAGAUCGAAUAGAAAGUCAGGAUCUCGAAAAUGACGUCUUUCAAGCGACUCCACGAAGCUUGGAAGAGCCCCAUUACUUCAAUCGCAAGUGA